GAUAAAGUAGUCUUUAUAUCUAUAACAUUCUUCACUCACUUCUCCUUCUCCAUUCAAACUCCAAUGACGAAUCCACCAAAACGGGUUUGGAUCCUCCAAAUCCAAGUCUCCUUCAUCGUCCUCCUUACCCACGUUUCUCUAUCUUCUUCCUCCGACCAACCUUCUAUCAAAACAGAUGCACUAUCACUCCUCUCUUUCAAAGCAAUGAUCCAAGACGAUCCAAACAGCAUUCUCUCAACUUGGACUCCUAGAAAAUCCCCUUGUCAAUUCUCCGGUGUCACUUGUCUCGCCGGAAGAGUCUCCGAGAUUAACCUCUCCGGCAGUGGUCUCUCCGGAACCGUCUCUUUCAACGCCUUCACCUCUCUCGAUGCUCUCUCUGUUCUUAAACUCUCCGAGAACUUCUUCGUUCUGAACUCAACCUCUCUUCUUCUCCUUCCCUUGACCUUAACCAACCUCGAACUCUCCUCCUCCGGUUUAAUCGGAACCCUCCCCGAAAACUUCUUCUCCAAAUACUCAAACCUCAUCUCAAUCACCCUCUCUUACAACAACUUCACCGGAAAGUUACCUGAAGAUCUUUUCUUGGGAAGCAAGAAACUCCAAACCCUUGAUCUUUCUUACAACAACAUAACCGGUUCAAUCUCCGGUUUAACAAUCCCUAUCUCCGCCUCCUUGUCCUCUCUCGACCUCUCCGGGAACAGUAUCUCCGGCUACGUCCCUGCCUCUCUCACCAACUGCACCAACCUCAAAAGCUUGAACCUUUCUCACAACAACUUCGACGGGCAGAUUCCAAAGUCCCUCGGCGACCUAAAAGCCUUACAAAGUUUGGAUCUUUCCCAUAACCGACUCACCGGCUGGAUCCCCCCGGAGAUCGGAGACGCUUGCGCGUCCUUACAAAACCUCCGGAUCUCUUACAACAACGUCACCGGCGUGAUCCCUGACUCCUUGUCCGCGUGUUCCUUGCUUCAGACUCUUGACCUCUCCAACAACAACAUCUCCGGUCCGUUCCCCGACAAGAUCCUCCGUAGUUUCGGAUCUCUCCAAAUCCUGCUUCUCAGCAACAACUUCAUCUCCGGCGAGUUUCCGACAACGCUCUCUUCUUGCAAGAGCCUCAGAAUCGUCGACUUCAGCUCGAACCGAUUCUCCGGCGUGAUUCCGCCGGACUUAUGCCCCGGAGCAGGUUCGUUGGAGGAGCUGAGAAUCCCGGAUAAUCUCGUCACCGGAGAGAUUCCUCCGGCGAUAUCUCAGUGCUCGGAGCUUCGGACGAUCGAUCUCAGUCUCAACUAUCUCAACGGAACGAUCCCACCGGAGCUCGGCGACCUCCGGAAACUCGAGCAGUUCAUCGCGUGGUACAACAACCUCGCCGGAACAAUCCCUCCGGAGAUCGGAAAAUUACAGAACCUCAAAGAUCUUAUCCUCAACAACAACCAGCUCACCGGAGAGAUCCCACCGGAGUUCUUCAACUGCAGCAACGUGGAAUGGGUCUCCUUCACGAGCAACCGGUUAACCGGAGAGGUCCCUCGAGACUUCGGGGUCCUUUCCCGGUUAGCUGUUCUUCAGCUCGGAAACAACAACUUCACCGGACAGAUCCCUUCGGAGCUAGGGAAGUGCACGACACUCGUCUGGCUCGAUCUCAACACAAACCACUUAACCGGAGAAAUCCCUCCCCGGUUAGGUCGUCAACCCGGUUCAAAAGCUCUGUCCGGUUUACUCUCCGGUAACACGAUGGCUUUUGUUAGAAACGUUGGGAACUCAUGUAAAGGUGUUGGAGGUUUGGUUGAGUUCUCAGGGAUCAGACCAGAGAGGCUUCUUCAGAUCCCGUCUCUUAAAAGCUGUGACUUCACGAGAAUGUACUCUGGUCCGAUCUUGAGUCUCUUCACAAGAUACCAAACCAUUGAGUAUCUUGAUCUCUCUUAUAACCAGCUACGUGGCAAGAUACCUGAUGAGAUCGGAGAGAUGAUCGCUCUUCAAGUCCUUGAGCUUUCUCAUAACCAACUCUCCGGCGAGAUUCCUUUCACCAUCGGUCAGCUCAAGAACCUCGGCGUGUUCGAUGCAUCGGUUAAUAGGUUACAGGGUCAAAUCCCUGAAUCUUUCUCCAACUUGUCUUUCUUGGUUCAGAUUGAUUUGUCUAACAACGAGUUAACCGGUCCGAUCCCACAGAGAGGUCAGCUUAGCACGCUUCCGGCGAGCCAAUACGCGAAUAAUCCUGGACUUUGCGGUGUUCCUUUACCGGAAUGUAAAAACGGGAACAAUCAGCUACCCGCAGGACCGGAAGAAGAGAAACGUGCCAAGCACGGAACAACGGCGGCUUCUUGGGCUAAUAGCAUUAUUCUCGGAGUGUUGAUAUCCGCUGCUUCGGUUUGUAUUCUGAUCGUUUGGGCGAUCGCGGUUCGUGCGAGGAAGCGAGACGCCGACGAUGCGAAGAUGCUUCACAGUUUGCAAGCGGUUAACUCAGCCACAACUUGGAAGAUCGAGAAGGAGAAAGAGCCGUUGAGUAUUAACGUUGCUACGUUUCAAAGACAGUUAAGGAAGCUCAAGUUUUCGCAGCUUAUCGAGGCGACAAACGGAUUCUCUGCCGCGAGUAUGAUCGGGCACGGCGGGUUUGGUGAGGUUUUCAAGGCCACGCUUAAAGAUGGUACUUCCGUGGCAAUCAAGAAACUGAUUAGGUUAAGUUGUCAAGGAGAUAGGGAGUUUAUGGCUGAAAUGGAAACCCUAGGAAAGAUCAAACACCGAAACCUCGUACCGCUCUUGGGAUACUGUAAGAUCGGUGAAGAGAGACUGCUCGUGUACGAGUUUAUGCAAUACGGUAGCCUCGAGGAGGUGCUUCAUGGGCCAAGAACGGGCGAAAAGCGAAGGAUCUUGAGCUGGGAAGAGAGGAAAAAGAUUGCGAAAGGAGCAGCCAAGGGGCUAUGCUUUUUGCAUCAUAAUUGUAUACCUCAUAUAAUCCACCGUGAUAUGAAAUCAAGCAACGUGCUACUCGACCACGAGAUGGAAGCUAGGGUUUCCGAUUUUGGAAUGGCGAGGCUGAUCAGCGCGUUAGAUACGCAUUUGAGUGUGAGUACCUUGGCAGGCACGCCAGGUUAUGUUCCGCCAGAAUAUUAUCAGAGUUUUAGAUGUACUUCUAAAGGUGAUGUGUACUCAAUAGGAGUCGUGAUGCUUGAGAUUUUGAGCGGGAAAAGACCGACGGAUAAAGAUGAGUUCGGUGAUACGAAUUUGGUCGGUUGGUCGAAGAUGAAGGCGAGAGAAGGGAAGCAUAUGGAUGUGAUUGAUGAAGACCUUCUGAGUGCUAAAGAAGGUUCGGAGCCUCAAGAAGGUUAUGGAGGAGUGAUUGUGAAAGAGAUGUUGAGGUAUCUGGAGAUAGCUUUACGGUGCGUUGAUGAUUUUCCGUCAAAACGACCUAAUAUGUUACAAGUGGUUGCUCUGUUGAGAGAGCUUCGUGGGAGUGAAAAUAACAGUCACAGUAACAGCUCGUAAAGACAUGAACAUGAUGAUCAGUUUUUUCUUCUUCUUCUUGGUCUUUGAUGAAUUUGUUUUGCUUUAUUUUAUUUUAUGAAAAUGUAUGUGUGGAUCAAUGAUUAACAAAAAAAAAUUAUAUAUUAUUCUGUA